AUGCAGCCGACCCAGCUUUUCCAUUAUUCUCCGGAACAUCGUGUGGUCAUCUGCACAGGCUGUCGUUAUGCGGUACCGCCGAAGGCAGUGUCUAGGCAUCUGAAAGAGAUUCACCACAUCUAUCGGUCGGACCGGAAGUCCUUCGUGGACUUUGUGCAGGGGCUCGACCUUGUUGACCCGGAACAUGUACUCCUACCGGAAGCCGACCAAUUUCCCGUUCCACACCUCCCGAUCUUCAAUGGUUUGCAGUGCGGAUUUGAUGGCUGUGGACAUCUAUGCCUGACCGAGAAGCGGAUGAGGAAUCAUUGGGCACUGGUCAAGCACGAGGUUGCAGAUGAUAACUUGACGUUCCAACGCGUACCAGUCCAGACAUUCUUCCGCGGCAACAACUUGCACUAUUUCACAGGCCACGUACGGCGAGGCAAUGCCCUGGAUGGAGGAGACAAUUUCACCCAGGCCAUGCACGACAGGACUGUGAUUUCCACUUCUGACGAGGCAAAACGUUUCCCUGAACAAAUGAUUGCUCCUGGUUCAGUGCGGCUCGCUGAGGGCAAUAUUAGCGGGCUCCAAUCUCUGGAACUUGAGCACGAUGCCGAGUUCCUGCUGCAUCAUUAUCAAGACUCGACCAGUCGGACAAUCGCCACCAAUGCAGACACCGAGAUUCUGUGGAGAGACACAGUCUGUCAGCUGGCUCACGAGCAUGAUUUCCUCAUGUUCGGUAUCCUUGCGGUGACAUCACUUCAUCGCGCCUAUCUCGUCCCCGAGCAGCGAAAGACAUACUACCUCGAGGCCAGCAAAUACCAGGAUAAAGCCAUGGGCCUUUUCAGAACUGCCGUGUCAAACACGACUCAGGAGAAUUGCCACGCCGUGUUGGUCUUCACGCAUCUCCUUGUCCUCUACGCGUGGGCUUCAGAACAACAAGACGACAGCCUCCUUCUGGUCACAGAGAAUGAUGACGACGUCAUCCCUAGCUGGCUUCAUUUCCUCCGAUGCGGUUGUGUUAUGCUAGGCGAUGUUUGGGACUUCCUUGAGUCGGGUCCAUGUAAGAGUCUCGCCCUUGCAUUGGAAGCGCCCUUCGAAGGUGUCGACACCUUGGACGAGGCUGCCGUCCUCGAAAAUCUCCUCUCGGUCAUUGUCCAAUCUUCCCAGUGCCCUUGGUCAGACGACGUACUCGAAACAUAUCGCGAAGCAGCAUCGGAGCUUGCAUUAGCCUUCGCCUGCUCGCGAUCGGCUCAAGUCUUCACCACAUGGGAUGUCUUGCGUAUAUGGCCAGUGCGGGUCUCUGACAAGUUCAUGACACUUCUCAAGGCACGGCACCCAGCUGCUCUGAUAUUAUUGGCGCAUUAUGCGUUGCUGCUGGAGAGGAUCGAAUCGGCGUGGUAUUUCAAAGGCCGCGCAACAAGAUUAAUCAGCAGCAUUUCAAGAAAGUUGCCUUUGGAAUGGCACCAAUUCAUUCCCAAGCCUUGA